AUGCCCCAGUACCGCCAUCCUCAAGGGGACACCGCUGACGAUGGUAUCCACGUGGAUACCCAUGAGUUGGAAAUCACUGUAAUCCACCCUCAUCAGUUCAUGGAGAUGUAUGGUUGGAUUCCUCACAUGGACGAGGACUUUAGGGAGUUCAGAAUGUUGGAGGAUGACAACUGCGUUGAGUUCAGCAUCAAGAUUAUCAAAUUCAAGGCUUGCAAGUUUGAGCGAGGUAUUACCUUGGAUGUGAGUGCCUUUGGUAUCAAAGCCAAUGCCAUUGAAUGCGCUGAUGUCCAUCAAGGAUGCUCCGUCAACCCCAUUGACAGCAUUGCUGGAAAAGUUGGUGUCAAUGGAAUCUGCCGCAAUGGAAAGGUUAACAUCUCGGCCAACUUGUGCAUUGGACCCAAGAUCUUCAGAAAGUGUGCCAACAUCCCCCACGUCAGCAUUGGAAUCUCUUGCUAG